UCUCCCUCUAGGCGUGAACUUGUCGUGUCAGUGUACGUGGCUAAUUGUGAAAAGAUCAUUUGCUACUUAGAUCUUGUCAUUCAUUUCGUUCAUGUUCACUGUUACGGGAGCUAAAGGUUUGCUCGUUAUUCGGAAAUUUUCUUCAAAUCUAUUGACCACUGAUCGAGACAUCACUCUUUCUUCUGGCCGAGUCUGAUAGUUUCUUUCGACGACCAUCGUUGUUGUCACGGCAGGUUGGAAAUUCUUCCUAGCAUAAUGUCUCCAGUCCCACCUGAACCAUCCCAAGCAGAAAUAGACCAGUUGCGUAGUUCAGUCUUGCUAAAAGUGGAUGCAGAGGACGAGAGCUAUGAUGCAAAGGAUAUUGAGAAAAUACAAACAGAUGAUAAGUAUAUCAGACGAUUCUUGAUGCACCAUGACAAUGAUCAAAAGCUGUCACUGGAGAUGGUUAUGGACACACUCAAGUGGAGAAAGGAGUUAAAUGUAAAAAACAUAACUAAGGAAAGCUUACCACAAGAUUUGUUUGAUGCUGGGGCACUUUUCAUUCAUAAUCGUGACAAGGAUGACUGUAAGAUGCUGAUCUUCUCUGUCAGACUGCAUCAGAAAGGUGUAGUGGAUAUGGAGUUAAUGAAAAGAUUUCUGAUUUAUUUUCUGGAGAGAUUGGAAAGAGAAGAAAAUGGUGAGCAAAUAACAGUUUUCUUUGACAUGACCAACACUGGGAUGAAGAACAUGGACAUGGAUCUGAUCCAGUAUAUGAUUAAUCUUUUCAAGAGCUACUACCCUUGGUUCCUCAAUUACAUUAUUGUUUUUGAGAUGCCGUGGCUUCUAAGUGCAAUGUGGAAAAUCAUCAAGAAUUGGCUUCCUCCCAAAGCAAUAGACAAGAUCAAGUUUUUAGACAGGAAGUCGCUUAAAGAUUAUGUCAGUUCAGAUCAAUCUCUGACAAUAUGGGGUGGCACAGAUGAUUAUGAAUACGAGUUUGAGCCAGAAGCUGCAUUUGCAGAACCUGUAGUUAAUGGAGAUAUUGAUUCUUCACGAAAGGUCCACUUCGCAGAGGAAAGUGCUGAAACUCCUGCAUCCCCUCUUAGAUCUAAACCUGUAGCAAAACGAACUCUAUCAGGCAAUGGCAGCCUUUGUCUAGAAAUUGAGCCAAGUGCAGAAUUGAUGUUCAACAAUUGCCGCAUUGGUGGAACUGCCAGCAUUACAAUAACUAAUCCAAUGGAGUCAGCGGUGGCUUUCAAAAUUAAAACCACUUCACCAGAGAAGUUCAGAGUUAAACCUUCUGUUGGCAUUUUAGAACCUGGUCACCAGAUUGAUAUUGGAGUAACUGUCAGUGAACAAUUAGCUCCAUCUGCAUUAGUACGAGAUAAAUUUUUGGUAAUGGGAUCCCCUGCAUCUUCUUUGGAUCUUUCAUCUCAGGAAAUAUCUCAGUUAUUUAAGUCACUUAACAAAGAUGAUCUGUUUGAAACUAGACUGCGUGUUGGGGUCUCGGCUGCUGAUUCUGCAAGUGAAAGCUCUUAUUCUCCCACUUCCGCAUCUACUCUUCCAGCAGAAGUAAUUUCUAAGCUUGAUCAACUUCUUCACCGUCAGUCUGUUGUUGAAGAACAGCUGCGCACUGCCAAAAAGGCUGUUUAUCUGACAUUAGUGUUCAUGGUAGUGAUCUUAAUUAUUGUUCUUAUGGUCACAAAUAACAUGACCUCUACUCUGUUGAUGUACACAACCUCCAUGCACAAUGCAGUACAAGGCAGUGCUAGUACUGAGGACCAGCAUCAAGAACUAUAACAGAAUGUUGCUUGUUGUCUUCUAGAAUCCAAGGUAAACUAUACCUGUGAGUUAAAUUUAUAAUUGUUAUAUAUAUAUAUGUGAGUGAGUUUAUAGUUGUUAUUGUCUGUAUCAGAACAAUUUUUGAUAAAGUAAUAUUAAAUUUUAUUGCUUUAAUUAAUGGUUAGUUUAAGAUUUAUUUUGCUCUAAAGUAAUAUUAAAUUUUAUUGCUUUAAAGUUUAGUUUAAGAUUUAUUUUGCUCAUUUUGCUCAACUUAGUGAAUUGCUGUAACUGUCAGUUACUGUGUUUAAGUUUUCUACAAGUAUGAAUUCUUUAGAGCAGUAAAUAAGCUGUUUCAAAUUAAAUGUGAUUUCUUAAAAGAAUACUAGGAAAGAUUUGCAUUGGUUGUUGCAGUUGUAAAUUUCUGUGUAGUAUUGUAUUUCUGAUUUCUCAGUUAUUAUAAUUACAUAUGUAUAGGAACAAAUUAAUGUCAUACAGGUACCUAGAAUAUUCUGAGGAAACUCCCAGAAAGCAGAUUUACAAAAAAAUUGAACUUGCAAAUUAUUACUAGAAGUAUUUCAGAUGAUGAAUAUUCAAAUGUUUUCUGUUUUUUAUAUAACGUAUUGUGAUAUAAACUGCAGCACAUACUCAGUGGAAGUGAGGCAAUAGAAGUGAUGUGGAUAAGAUAAUGCCAAAUAUUUUGGGGACAUUAUUGCAAAAGUUGGAUGCGAUGCUACUAUAGGUGUAGGUUAAGGUGAUUUAUAACUUGUGGAAUAUUAAAUUGCUUACUUGGCCUUAGGAAAAAUUAGAGUUUGCUUUUCUUAUUCAAGCUGAUGUUAGAGGAGAAACUUAUGCCACAAGUGUUGAUGUUUUGAAUAAGUGCCAGUUAGGCUGUGACUUUUUUUAUUGAGCUUCCCAGAGGUUAACUUAGAUACACAAAUUAGUUAUCGCAAGAUUUAUCUCUUACGCAUUUUAUGAUAAAGUAGACCCUAGAGUAUUUGUAUGUUGAAGUCAUAGUAAAUAAUUUUUUCAGCUUGCUUGACAUUGGCAUUGAAACAUUGAAAGGGUUCAUGAUUUCAUUUGUGGAGUUAUGUAAGUAGCACCACUGUAUAGAUAAUGAGAUGACUUCAUCAGACAUGGGUUUGAUUUAUUGUUCUACUUUUCAAAUAAUUAGAAAUACAAAGAAUACAUCAAAUGGGAAUCCUUCAUUUUUGAACCAUUUUAUAUUUUUCAGAGAUUGAAUAGGUAACAUUUACAAAUUACCUUUAGUAACACUAUGCAUUAGGCCUGUUAGGGAUGAUGUAUAAUGAAAAAGAAACACAGUAUAGACUUUUGAGAUUGACAGUGAUACUUGUGCCACUGUCAGACAUUACUGAAUAUUACUGGUUUUGUAUAGCAAUAACUUUAUCAUGUUUUUUUGCAAUGGAAAUUUCUCCAAAGUUUAAACUGAAUUUGAUUUCAUGGGAAUAUGGUAUUGGCUUUUUAGUAGCUGGGAAGUAACUCAAAAAAGGAUUUUGAACUUUACUAUGGCUUUUAAAUGUAUUUUCAAAGUUCAAUACAUAUACUCAGCAGUAUACUAGAUAUUGCACUAUACUAUGCAUUGUAUUGUACUGUACAAAAUAAAUGUUAAUAAUUAUUAGUUAUUAUAGUUAUCAGGUUUCAGUAGCUUUUCAAGUGCUGCAUAGGUUAAACUGACUUAGAAUUUGGUGGUGGAGUAGACUGCAGUAUCCCUCCAAACAUGCAAAUUUACCUUUCAGAGUUGGGUACAAGACCAAUUAAAGUUUCAUUUUGUGGUUGUAGAGUUAUUUUGAACUUUCAGUAUAUUGCAUCAAUUACUGGUACCAAAUUCAACUGGGAACUUUUAUUUCCUUUUUUAUGUAACAGACAUGUGCAGUGGCAGUUACUCAAGUCAUGUAUGAGUAACUUGUACUUAGAACAGAAAUUAUGAACUUUACUUUUAUAAACUCAUCAUUAUCAUCAUAAAUAAUAUUCUGAAGUGUUUAUUGUAUUUUACCAUCACUUUCUUUAUGCCUCUCUAAUGAACUUGUCUUAACAAAAGUAAGUUUUACUUUAACUUGAUACCUAAGCAGCAACUUGUCAUCUUGGAGAUGAGUGUCUCCUGAAAUAGUGGUGUCCCCACUUAAUUUAAUAUUGACUGUUCUUUGCUUUCCUCUAAAAUAAUUCUUCCAAAUGAAAUGCUCCUUUAUUUUCUUUUCACUGUAUUGUAAAUUAAUCAUAUCUUUACACAACUAUUUGUGAUGAAGGGACUGUGUGGUUCGUGCAUAGUGAUAUAAGUAGAGUGAAUUGCUCCACUGUUAGGUCUGUGAUUGAUGAUGUUGACAGUUUUUUCUUUUGAGACUCCAUUUUACAUUGCAUGAAAAGUCUCCUGAAGAAAAACUAUAAUUUUCAGCACUAUUUAUAUUAACUUAAUGUCAUUGCCUUUAGAAUUUAGUUCAUAUAACUAUUGUUGCAAUGUUGUUCUUGCUGUAGACUUAAAAGAAAAAAUAAAAAAAGACUACUAAUAAGAUAUCCGGCCAGGUUAUGUUUGUGAAAUUUUAAAAGUGAAGAUUUAAACUUUAAUUUAGUUAUUGCCUAUGGUUAUCAAGCAUUGCUUUUUGCAGUCAGUAAUAUGGUGCAUGUACAUCUGUGUUUUGUUGACAAAGUCUUAUACUUACUUGAGAUUUAUGACUGCAUCACAUAUGCAUUUAAAUUUUUAUGAGGAAAAACUUCAUGGUAGACAGAACCUUUAACAAAAUUAUAUAUAAACUGAUCUAGAGAAAUGUUGGUAAAUUAGUAGAGAUAUUUGUUUUGACUGAUUCUCAUUAUUAUCCACCAUUGUCAGGGGUUGCUAAUAAUUCACUAUUAUCAAGGUUUUAAUUUGUAUUGUUGUAACAUAUUUAGGAUAAAAAAUUACAAUAAUGUGUGAUCCUUCAGUGCUACUGUGUGAGGACUUUGAAACUUUAUAGUCUGGUUAAAUUAAAGAAAAAUAAUACAUAUAUAAAGAGGAAUUAGUAUUUGAUGAUAAUCACACGUGUCCUGAUUGCAUGAGUUGGCCUUAAUGUAUGGAUAAAAAAUGAAACAUUAAAUUGUAAAUAAUGAAAAGGAGGACAUUGCAUGAAGUAUAGUGAGAACCGAGGAGCAAAACAUUACAAAAUAUUAAAAAUAAUUUGAGGAAUUAGAAUUGUACUAAUAUGUUGUGUACAAAUAUGUUGUGUAUACAGAGAAUUUGAAAUGGCAGUACAGUAUUUGUAACUUUUGUAAUUUUGAUUUGUUCAGUAGAUUUAUUUUUAACACAGCAUAAUGAAGUACAAGAAUUCAUCUGUAAAUUGACACCAUAAUGAUGUGUAUUAGAAUUUCAGACGGUGAAUAACGUGAAAUAUUAUCUCACACUGGCUUGCUUGCUUUCUUAAAAUCUUCAGCUGACAACCCUUAUUGUCAGUAAACAGACUAUAAAGCCAAGAGGCCUCCAAAGGCAAAUCAUCCUGCAAAGAAAGAAGUUUUAAGAAAAUGUGAAAAAUAAAUUAGAGAAAAUGGAAAGUAAAACCUGUACUACACCUGAAUUCAAGAAACUGGUACAGAUAAGACUCACUGACGCAUAUUGACAAACGAACAUUUUUGUAUAAUAGAAAGUGCCUAAAUUCUAUCAGUUAGUAUAAUUUAUUUAACACUAUAACAUUCUUGCUCUGAGUCGCAUGCUAACAAUCCCAUUACAGGUUUCAUGACAUUAUUGAUCAUUUUUAAACUGAUUAUUGUCUGCAUAAAAUAUGACCAUAUUAGCAAUGCAUUGUACCCAAAAUGACAAAUUUUUAAUAAAUUUGUAUUUUCCAUACCUAACAAAUCUGACUUAAUAGGAUAAAUCUUCUGGUGCCAGCUGGAAAACGGUUAAAAACAAAGACUAUAAAUGCAAGGAAUCUGUGGCAUCUGGCAUCCAAUGCAUAGUUGAGGUGGAAGAAAGUCCAGAGAGUGUGCUUGACUCCAGUGACACAUCAGUCUUUCUUCCAACCCAGGAUGAAACUUAAGAGGGGCAGCUAGAGGUGGCAGUUAAUGUUAAGACCUCAAGUUUGUUAGCUAUGAAAAAUAAAAUUAAUAAAAACUUUGUCAUUGUUCAUGCACGGAAUAAACCUUUGGUUUUAAAAAUAGGAUAGACCCAUAAUUGGAGAGAGGUAUAAGAAUCUUGAACCAACUGGAGGUUCAGCACACCUGCUCAUUCUUCUUAGAAAUAAGAAUUCUAAAGAAGAGGACCUAAGCCUUAGAGAUGUUAGAUAUGUGGAUAUCUAACGCUCAGUCCACUGGGUUCAAAUACAGUGAAACAUGUCCAGGUUCUUGCAUUCAUGGAAGUUCAAAAGAACUAUAUCUGUUCAAGCAACAAAUCAUAUUAGCCACAAGAAACAGGUUUGUCACCACUCCUUACUCCCUUGCUGGAGAGAGGAGUUUAAGCUGCUGAGAAGCAGAUAGUGCUGUAACAGUAUGGCUGCAACACUCAACUGCAUCAAGGCGGUUCCAGCAUAUGAUGUGUCUAUUCUUCAAACCUUCUUCAAAGAAUGAUGUCUAUUCUUCAUACCUCAUAGGUAUGAGGUAUGAACAAAGGAGAAAGGGGAAUGAAAAGAGACCAGUCAUCUCACUCAUUCCCUACUCCACACAACCAUCUAAGUUAAGAUAAAAACUGUCCCGCCAGGGGCACUGGAUAAGCCACGCUCGUUGAACAGCCACCACUGGACCCAAGAAAAAAGUGUUCAAGGAUCUGUGGGCAAUGUUCUCCAGCCAGAAGAAAGUGAAAAUGGUUUGACAGUCAGGAACCAGCACUCAAAACCCUAUGAACAGCUAAGUUGUUCUUAAAUGCCAAUGAGGAACCUAAUCUGGUGUCAUGCACUUCUGCAUGAACCCAAUUGGUGGGAGAACUUGCUGACGACGAGUUGGCUUGCCUAAUCACCUCAUGUAGAAAAACAAAAGGGUGUUCUAGGACACUUCUUUCUUGACCUGGCUUGUGCUAACAUAAAAGUUUAUAAAACCUGACCUCUAGGUGACAAGACGUUCAGAUAAUGAUGCAGUGCUUUGACGGGUCUAAGCAGAAACUCUUGAAGGUUACUACAGGCAGUCCCUGGUUAUCGGAGACUAAGUUAAUGGCGAUUGUCUAGGGCCAUUAAAUUGUCAACAUAACAUACCUAACAGAGGCGCCAUUAACAGAAACUUGGGGCCAUAAAUUGUCGAGUUUCGGUUUAUGGCGGUUUUUGCUUACUAGCACCCUGUGAUAACUGGGGCUGCCCGUAAUAACAAACUAACAAACUGCACAUCAUAAGGAAAUGGGAAAGGAGGCAAAGUUGUCAUCAUGAUCCAUGGGAAUCUGGGUCUUAGCGAAGUCUGACCCUGAAGCUUUCCAACUCUUUCCAGGAAGCCAAGGUCAGAAGGAAAACUGUUUCCAAAGUCAGUUUCCUGGAAGAUGAUUGAUGCAUGGGCUCUAAGGAGGUUGAGAGAGAGUACUCAGGACCAGAGUAAGGUCCUAAGUAGGAGGUCUGAGUUUCCUAGGCAAACAAGACUGCCCCAAGCUCUUGAACCACAUAGAGAAUUCUCAGGGCGAAGUGAUGUCCACAUCCUUCAGACAAAUUAAUCACAAGUAAGAGGUCUAACAUGGGUCUUUUCCAAGUAAACAGAGGAGUCAAUAGGAUAGCUUAAGGGGAUGUCUUAUGACAACAUGGAAGCGCCUCAGUGGCAUGGUUGGUAUGGCGUUUGUGUCCCACCUCGGUGGUCGCGGGUUCGAUUCUCGGCCAUUCCAUUGAGGAGUGAGAGAUGUGUAUUUCUGGUGAUAGAAGUUCACUCUCGACGUGGUUCGGAAGUCAUGUAAAGACGUUGGUCCUGUUGCUGAAUAACCACUGGCUCCAUGCAACGUAAAAACACCAUAUAAACAUUAUGACAACAUGCUCAACCCAGAUACAUUCUAAAUAGCCUACUGUCAACUUGUACAUUGUCAAAGAAAUUUUACUGUAGAGAGGGGAGAAGUCCUUGCACUGCCAAGGAAGCUUGCAUUUCCAACAGAGGAGACGUCCUAUGAGGUGAUCUCUUGUGAUGACAUACGGUCAGUAUGUUACUCAUCAGAGGAGAUGUCCCAUGAUGAUAGGACACAAUUGAAAAUCUGUCUUUUAGAGCUUCUUGCCUUGAGAGAGAUAGGAAAACUAGUAACUUCAUUUUAUUGCUUGGAAAAAGGGAAAUGAAUAGUAUAAGGUAAUUUUGUGCUUGCUUAAUACUAUACUUUACCUUUCCAUAGUCUAGCUCAUUUUUAAAGGAACAGAUGGUUAAGAGAGAAUCCUACUUUUCAUAUACAAAACAAACCUUUGGUCUUAACAUAAGGGAAAAUAAUUUAGCGCCUGCUGUAGUCUAGUUAAAAAAGAAGAAAUAAAAUACAAUGAUUUUGGUGGCAAAGGGAGCUAGCCAAGAUGCAAGAAAGGAGGUGGGAAUAGUUGACCUGCCUUAACCCAUCCCAGCUACAACGCAUCAGUUUCUCUUUGACCGUCUUCAUAGCAGGUCAUGCCGUUGCCCUUUCUGCUAAGAAGCUGGUCGUUUUUGUCCCUUCCUGUGAUUUUGCGUUUUUUACUUUGAGCAUGCAAACCCACAAAUCAUCUAAAUUGAAAAUGGCCUGGGGUUGGUAACAAUCUUUACUCUCAUUUUCUGCCUGCCUUGGAUUUAGAUCCCCAUGCUACUUGUAGCAGGUGUAGUUCUAACGACUGUAGUGUAAGUAACCCAAGUUCAGCAUGUGUUGUUUAGACCAGAUCAAACCGAAGGAUCCAUCCUACACCUAUCAGGAAGCUGCUACCUUGAAGUCAACUGCUUCAUCAGUUUUCCAGGCAGUUUCAUUGUUUGACCUGUGGCCGCUUAAUGGCAGUGGCAAAAAUCUCUUCCCCUGCUAUGGGUGACUGAAGCAAAUGUCCCCUUCAUUAGGUUGUUGCAGUGUGGUGGGAAAACAUCUUUUACCUGGCUCACUUACAGCUAAGAUGUGGGCCAAUUUGUUGCUUAAAAGAAGGAUGCUGCCCUCUCCAAGUUCUUAAGAUUUGUCGAUACAGCUUCGUUCAUAGCCUUGAGGAAUGAACAUAUUUAGGGUUAUCGUCUUUCUUUUCUAGGGAUCAGCUUGACUCCGCAGUCAACAGAUGUAGAGCAAAUAAUAAUGACUGAUUUGUGCAUCACGCUGUUGCAAAAUCAUCUGGCACUUCUCAACCCAGACCACAAACAUCUUUUAUUUUCCCUAAGAAAUCUCAGUCAAAACAGAGCUGCACAGAGUUCGUCAAUCAUCUCUAUCUCUAGCGAAGAAAACUCCUAAGCAACUUCUUCAUGACCUGGGAGAGGAGGCAGAGGCAGGGCUAGGGGAGGUAGACAAUAGAGAGGGCACACCUCCUCUCUUGCUGCCAUCAGUGGGGAGUGGGUGCCUGGCAAGCCAUUGGGCAACUUGGCACUAGUUCUGGGCAGAAACCUGCAGAGUAGAUUCUCUAUGGGUGGGGUAUCUACUCCCCUUCGAGUUUCCUCCUCCCCCUCUUCAAGUGUCUGCUUCACCAAUUGACUUACUCUCAAGAUUUGAUGGAGCAUCUAGCUCUCCAAGAGGAAGUGAGAAAAAUUAUGGAAAAAUUAGCCGUGGAGAUUGUGAAGGACCCAUCUUCAGGAGUCUACAGCCGUUUCUUUCUGGUUCCCAAAGCAUUAAGCGAAUGGAGCCAUGAUAGACCUUUUGACUCUCAACCUUUUUAUCAGGAAAAGACUGUUCAAAAUAUAUUUUAAGACUUGUUGGCAUGCUGGAACCUGGGGCUGCUGUCUCCCCUACCCUCCAGUUCCCCUAACCAACCUGCACCCAUCUGGGGUAGACAAACCAGUUUGCAGGGGUUGGGUGGCUGAGUCAUGUCCCCCAUAUUGUCACCUGGGGGAGGACAAAUAAGAAGAGAUCCACUCUGAUUUUAUUGUUAUAGAUAGGUAUCUAUAUGUAUUAUCACAGGAAUUAAACAGAAAAGACUAAGCCAAAAAACACAUAUACAGGGAGUCCCCAGUUAUCGGUAAGGUUUCUGUUCCCAACACUGUGACAAUAAAAAAAAAAUUGCAAAUAUGUAACUGAAAAUUGUUAGUAAUAGCACUGAUAACCAGGGAUUGGUGCCAGUAAGAAGGGAUCUGUUCAUGUCGGCACUGAAAAUCCAGUUAUAGUCGUUGGUAGACAAGCGCCAUAAAACCAGAUCCCCAAUAACUGGGGACUGCCUGUAUAUGUACGUAUAUACAGUAUUUGUGUAGGCUAUUGUAGCCUACCUCUACUCAAGCUAUCAAUAGUGACUCGAACACUUUUAUUUUUAUUAAACUAAUCUAUUUAUUUUCAUGUUUUCAUAGAUGUUAGUUAUUAUGUAGGUGUUAGUUGAGCAUUUUAUCUCAUAUUUUGGCUUAUGUUUAGUAGACAUACUCAUGAGGAAUUCCUGCAACAGCUCCUUUGCUAUUUAUUCCUCGUGGAAUCCUCUUAAAUUAUCACCAAAGGACUUCUUGCCUUUGUAUAUUAUUACAUAUAAAAUGUUAAAGGUUGUAUUUUUUCUUUUUAUUUGUGGGGUUGGAAACAUUCAGCUUGUUUGAAAAAAACUUGUAGAGUGUCAGAAUGGAAAGAUUUAUAAUGGUUAAAAAAAUUUCAUAUUGAGAAUCUUUUAAUAAUCCUUUUAGGCAAAGAAACUUUCCUUUUUGUGACCUUCCAGACUCUGUGGGAGCCUUCAAAAAGCAAUCACAGAAAUGAGUCAUCAUUUGGUACGCACAAAGUAGUUAGUUGACAUAGUUCGGAAGUCACAUAAAGCUGUUGGUCCCGUUGCUGAAUAACCACUGGUUCCAUGCAAUGUAAAAACACCAUACAAACAAACAAACAAAGUAGUUAGCCUAGACUAACUAAGUUAGUUGGACAGUCUCAUCUUCAUCUUUUCUGACCACUUACAGAAUAUCAAGGAAGGUGAGGAUAAAACAACCAUUUUCUUACCCUCAAUACUGGGUCCAAUUUAAGUGGACUGACUAUCCUAAAAGCAAUGGAGGUAUGGUGUAAUACAGAACAUAUCCAUUUUGCUAAAUAACUUAGUACUACUAAGAAGUAGCAACCAGGCAACAGCAGUAAAUAUGAACGUAGAUCCUCUUCCCCCCAAAAAUGAAAAAUCCUAUGUAACUACUUUAGCACUAUAAGAAAUCGGCAACAGAAAAAGAAAGAGAAGAGGUUUCAGAGGUGGUCCAAUAUUCACCCAUUUUAAUCACAUUUAGAGUAAAUAACUUGUUAAGUUUACUCAUUUUCAAUAUUGAGGGACCCCUUUCAAGUCUGAGAGAAGGGUCUCUUUCUUACUUGUGUUCAUAGGUUAGUUAUUAAGUUUAUGCCCAAUAUAAAGUAAAAGACAAAGAACAAAUGAAUGGUUGAAUGAAGCAACCAAUAAACUAAAGUCUACUGCUUUCGAAAAUGCCAAAAAACACACUAAGUUAAAAAAAUUAGUUAUAUAACACAAUCUUAUGAAUGGUAAUUCGACCUCACAUAAAUGAGCAAGGGAUGGAGAAAGGUAAUUACAUACUUGAAUCCCUAAGAUUUAAGGCAUGGUAACAUCCGUGGCCUAGAAAUAUUACACAUACCUCACAAUUAAUGAUACUGAUGCACUCAGCAAGCAAGAUCUGUCACAGAAAAUUAAAAUGCAUGGAUCUGAGGAACAUAUCACAGACUGGACCUGCACCACUCAAAAAUGGUAGACUCUCACAUUGUGCAAGGUCAGGAAAAUGUCCUACUACUACAAAUACAGCACAAAAUUAAAGCUGCUAUGACUAAGGCAACAAAAGAGGCUAAAGUGCAGUUGAAAAUCUUGGGGAAGGAACACACCUUAUAAAGUAUUAAAAGACCAGGUCUUCCAAAUCUCCAGUAUUAAAGAUAAAAUACUACUGUAUCUAGAGAGGACCAAUAUUAUUAUAGACCCCAAUCCAUCCGAUGCUUUGCCAAGUAGAGAAAAAAAAAAUUGCUAAAAGAUGAUGUAAGUGAUACCUGUAAUGUAAUUAAAAAUGGAACAAAGUGGAAAGAAGCAUAGAUUUGUAACUUGAAUUACAAGAAACUCCUAACUACAUCCCCUAAUGUAAUUCACCAAAAAUACACCUAGGAGAGGUCUCAUGGCUCCUUCAACAACACCAACCAGAUACAUCGUGUUUACUACAUGCAAAGUAUAAUUGGUAGUUGUAUUCUGUUGUCUUCCUCAACUGAGGAAUAACUGUAAAACUAUCAAAUGAUCCUAAUUUUCAAGUCUCAGCCACCACAUUGAAAGAAAUAAGGCUUUUACAAUAUUCAAGGGUACUUGGACUUGAACUUUAUAUCAUACCCUGGAGCCUCAGUAAUUUGGAGAAGGACAAGCUUGAUGAUAUCUUUGUUAAUCAAUGAGAACUGUAUUCAAACAGCAUGAAAACAUCAUUGAAAGGUUUCAGUUAGCACAGUAUAAAUAUCUAUUUGUCACAUGAAAGGGAAAAUGAUUCAGUACCUGUAUAUGUAUAUAUAUACAUAUACAUAUAUAUAUUUUUACUUCGGUACUUUUGCAAGUUACACAAUAUAAUACACUAAACACAGAUAGCCCAUAUGUUAUUAAUGAUUAUCAAGUGCACUUCUCUUUAGUAAUAUUUAGUAAUUUUUAGCAGCAUCAAGAACAAUUCAUUUCAAAGUUAUUAGUUUGAAACUAGAGAGAUGUUUAAAAACUGCAUCUGGAUGGAUCUAACUAAAUUUUCUGGUACUUCAGCUGAAAAUAUCUGUUCUUAGUUUUUCUUAUCUUAGUAUUUUAUGCCCUCAGCAGCUUGAAUUGCUUAAAAAAUAAUAACUAAAAUAAGAACUUAGCAAUGGCUUCAGAACAACAAUCAUUCAGGUUAAAGGAAGGAACUACCUAACCAGUGUAUCAUCUGAAUUAUUUUUUUAUUGUAACUGUAAAAGUUAAACAGUUGACAAAGUCGUAAAAGAUUGUGUCAUAAAAGAUUACGUAAGUGAUUACAAUAUUGUUGAAAUGUGUCACAAUUGUAAACUCUGAGCAAGAAUACCAAGAAAUAGUUUGUAAAACAGCCUGUUCAACAGCAGUAUAGAAAACUGUGGACAGGAACGGGAUAUGGGAGACUGUAUUUUUUAUAGCCGGUAUAUUUAUUACAUUAUUAGUAGUUCUCAUAUUUACUUACAAGACAUGUAAUUAAUUAAUGUAAAUUAAUUAAUAUCCCAGUGAGUUUUAAUACUGGACUAAAAUAACUUUGGCUUUAUGUUUUGAAACAAUUUUGCUGCAAGACUCGGUACCUGUUCAGAAAUGGCAAAUCACUUUUGUGUCGAUGCGAAAGUUAAUAAUUUUAGGUUAUUAUUAUUACCAUCUGGUUAAGCUUCAGGAAAAACAGAAUGCCAAACACUGAAUACUAGUUGAGCAUUGAGCUCGCUUAAUUAAAGUACCCUCAAAUAUUUUCUGCACAAAUUCAAGCUAAGGGAACAAGAGUAGAUUUUUUCAAUUUUGUGAUGUGCUUUUAUUUUUUUAUUUUAUAAUUUUUUAUGGGCAUAAUUGUGUACAUAUAAAAUGCCUUGAAUUGUAUAUGUAUAGUGCUUUACUGUAUUUAUUUUCCCCCCAGAAGUAAUGUAGGCAUAAAUAAGUUUGAGAUGAGUGUAUUUUGUAGAAAAAGUAUUAGUGCAAUACAUGGUCACUAUAUGUUUCCAUUACUUAUUAUCACAUUUAUGAGGAAUGUUUUGAUAUUGUUUCUUUAGUCACUUCAUAAUGUAACUAGCUUAAUUAUGUGUGGGUAAGUCACUGCAUGUAGUAUGGUAUUUUGAACAGAAGAAAAUAUUAAAUGUCUAAGAGUUCUUAAUUGUGUUGUAAUUCUCUGUUUGGGUUUGAAACUACAUAUAUACAAUACAUUAAAGGACUAUGAAGUGUAUUUUUGUCAGUGUGUCCUAUUUAGUGUUAUGUAUGUAUUACAGUAUUUUCUGUAUAAUAAUGUACGUAGUGCAUUUAUAAUAUAGUAUAUAGUUUAAACAUCCAGAUACUAGUCACACUAAGUUCCAUUUUGUGAUAGUGUUCAUUUAAGAAUAAGGAAAAUGAUGCUGACGCCACCUCAUCCCCUGACAGGGUUUCAUUUUAGCUUUGUUUUUCUCUGUAAACUGCCAAUAUGUUGCAGUUUGUGAAAACUUUCUGGUACAGCUGUUUUCAAAAAGAAAAACUGGAAUUUUUCUUAUAUCCUGUUAUUUGUGUAUAUUUAUAUAUAAAGGUUUCCUCUUGUGUGAUAAGAUAUUUUUCAUUAAAUGUUAAUAAAGAAAUGAAAAUUA